AGAGAAAUCUAAUCAGCUGAAUUACAAUUAAGUAGUUUAACUAGCGAAUUAACAGCGACGCAUUUACUGCGGCCAGCUCUCUAGUCUUUUAGCAGCGGGCAGGCGGAAGGUUCACAAAAACUAAAUUCAAAUCGAAUCGGCUGACAGACAGAUACAUAUAGACCGGCAAUGAGUUCAGAUAAGAACGGUGAUAUCUUGCGGCCACUUAGCGAUAGCGAAGUGGACGAACUGCUUGAUCUAUACAAAGUUAAAUUCGGUAUAAGGAACUUCCACUACCUAUUACUGUACAACCAGCGAAAAUGGGACCGCCAGCUGAGCGAGGCUCAAAUACCGCGCAAUGAUCUGAACCACAUUUCUCUGAGAAAGCAGUUCUACACCCAUCGAAGGGGAAACUUCCGGACGUGGGGCACCUAUGUGAGCCUUCAUCGGGACAUCGUGCAGAGCGUCUCCUUCUUCAGCUGGCAGCCAGAUGGAGCCGCGGAGCUGUGGGAAUGCCUGGAGCAAACGCAGCUCAUCGAGUGGACACAGGGAGCCCUGCUGACCAACGUUGAUCUGGGAUUUUGUAAUCGAGUCAAAGAGUUGGCCGUCAGCCGCGGGGUCACCGCCAUUCAACCACGCCAGUGUUUCGGGAUGGUUUUGUCGCACGAGGAUGCCUUUUGUGCAAAAGUUCCAGAUCUGCCCUCUGAGUUCGAGAUUCGGCGAUUGAGGGCUGAGGAUGCAGCCAUGGUGCACGAUUCCUGGCCUAACAAGGGUGAAGGCUCACUCACUUAUCUCCAGGCGCUCGUCCGUUUCAACAAAUCCUUGGGCAUCUGCCGAAGCGACACUGGGGAACUGAUUGCCUGGAUCUUUCAGAACGACUUUUCCGGACUGGGCAUGCUGCAAGUGCUGCCCAAGGCGGAGCGUAGAGGACUAGGUGGCCUCCUAGCCGCUGCGAUGAGCCGAGAAAUUGCUCGGGGCGAGGAGAUCACCCUAACGGCCUGGAUUGUCGCUACUAACUGGCGGUCGGAGGCGCUGCUCAAGCGGAUCGGGUACCAGAAAGAUCUGGUCAAUGAGUGGAUUAAGCUGGUACCGAAUUCUUCAUAGACGCUCCGGUCGCCAAAGAACUGGCGACGGUGCUGGAUAGUUAGACAACUGGUAAAUAGGUGAGGUCAAGAAGAAGACGAGGCGAUUUGCAUUUGCUUUGCCUAUGUACAUGUACAUACAUCAACAAUUUUAUUUUGGCAUUUAACAUGCGUACACGCUUUCUGAAUACACUUUACGGCUUAAUGAAAUUCGAAAACAAAUUCGAAACUAGCGGGCGGGAGGGGAUAUGGAAAUCGGGGACUCGAACUACUUAUUUACACAUACGGCUCGCCUCCAAAACAAUAUCAAAAAUACAUUUUAUUUACAGCAUUGCAUUGCAUUCUAGGUAUAUAUACAUAUAUUACGCACUUUUGACUGAAUCAAAUUUGACAUUUUCGAGUUAAUUAGCUAAAGUAUGUCAUAGGGUUACGCAUUUUAUACACCUUGCGUAAGAGUGUGUCGUUUUCUCUCAACGGGAUUUAAAUUGAAAAUUUUGCGAAACAUUAAGAGCGAUAAUAUCUUAGAAUUAAGACACUCCUUCAGUCCCUUUACUUUAACUACUAUUCAUUAGCCGUAUUGAUUACGCACCUUUUACGUCUUAUUUUCAUGUUUUAAUUCAAUCAUAUUAAAGAAGCAAACUUAAAUGUUUCAAAAGUCGGUUGUGACAUUGUUUUGUGGGGUUGAAGCCACUUCCUUUAAAUUCGAUUGAAAAUAAAAAUGUUGCUUCUUCAAUUAAAUUAUUAAUUUUAGAGUUGCGCCUCUUU